GUAAGGAUAUAAUAUCUCAAUCAGAAUAGCAGUAUAAGAGUAUCAAUAAGAUCUAUGGUCGUUGGUCAAGGCAACUCAAAGAUAGGUAGAUCCGCCAAUGGGGUUGCUCAGUCCCAAGCGGACAGGAAAUCAAAGGCGGCUUCCCCAGACCAGAGGGCAACGGACUCUGCACAGCCACCAGUUAGUCGCAAGUCUGUAAACCUGCGUGCAUUCAACCUGUACGCCGCUAAGGUGCGAAAGGAGACGAAGGACCAGAAUCCGGGGAAGACCGGCUAUGACAUUGAGCGCCUGAUUGGGAAGAAGUGGGCAAAGCUUGCGGACGACGAGCGCAAUGAGUUCGUACAGCAGGCUCAGAAGGAGCGAGAGGAGUUGCUGCAACUGGGGGCGGUGAAAGAAGCUCAGGGGAAGGCUAAAAAGAAGAAGCGAAAGAACGAGGUGGACCUGUUGGCGCUCGCGCUGAAGCAGAGCAAGCCGGAAGACAAGGAGACACUGCUACAGCACUUGCCGGGAUUAGUCAAACCCAAGAGAAGUAAACCGGGGCAGCACGUUGAUGCAACGGGGGGCGAUGGAAGCCCUGCCGCGGCACUCAUCGGGACCCCCGUUUCUGGGAUGAUCGACGGCAUGUUUGACGUGGGGUAUUUUGUGACGCUGCGUGUGGGAGAGAAGCGGCAGGCGUUUAGGGGGGUGGUUUUCAGGCCUGAUCUACACCCCCCUGCCGGACGGAUGGAUAUUGCGCCCAAGGUGUGGACACUGAACACCGGGGGGGUGGCACACAGGGAGGGGGAAGGAGGGGAGGGAGGGGAGGGGAGGCGGAAGGAGGGGGAAGGAGGGGUGGGGACCCCAUUUGUGGAAGGUGUGAAUAGGCAGGAGCCUGUGACUGGGGUAGCAAGUUUAAAUGUGCAGACUGGUGCGAACGACCACGAAAUGGGGAACGCGCCUGAGAUUUCGACCAAUGUGCAAGAAGCAGACGGGCAUGAGAACGUCGAUCUGCAAGAAGAUGUUGACAGGCUCGAUGGCAAAUAUGGGCAAGAGCCAGGGGGUGUGAAUGGGCAAGGGGGUGAAAAUGGGCAAGGCUGUGUGAACGGGAGUCAAGAGCAGCGAGAAGGGGAAGCGUUGCAAAGUAUGGAGAACGGUUGAUAUGCAGAGUAAAGUGGAAUGCAUCAGGUGGUGCAAAGGCUUCUGGGGGAAAAGAUUGUCGAAAGUAGGGGAACGUCCGAGCAAAAGCAAAGCUCAUCCGGAAAGUGCAAUUCUUCUUCGAUGUUUGACGGAUGUUUCACUGCAGUACUCAACCGCGGUUGGUGAGUAAGGUCGGUGUUCUGCUUUCGUUUUAGGGCGAGCUUUGGCAGCUUAAGUAUACCAGGGUCUCUCGAAAAUCCGUGUUUUGAAGAGGACGAGAACGGCAGGGACAUAUCCCCUUCCUCGCAUAUCGGCUGUGUUAAAGGUAUAAGGUAUAAUUAUGGAAGUG